GGGUAUUUUCAAGAUGGCGCUGGACUGUGGCCGGAAUGCCGCCGCCGCCGCUGCUGCCCGCAGCUAAACGUUGAGGGAUUUAAUUCAUCUUCCGCCGGCGGCGACGUUGAACUCCGCCCCACCGGGAACGUAUUUUCAUCUUAGACGGCAGAAAUGAGCGCGUUACUCCCGGUGCGAGGCAGGUAACGCUGUGGUGUCGCUGGCUAAAAUGGUAGCCCCUUCCUCCCAGAACAACAGAACCUGCUGCUGCGGAGCUCGGCCGACGGGGCAGGAGGACUCGCUGCAGGAAUUCACGCCCGGGGCCGAGGCUCGCUCGGCGGACUGAGCGGUCAUGGAGACGACGGAGGAGAACGGAGGGUCGUCUGCCGUCGACUUGAACGAGAACGAAGAAGAAGCAGGAGGAGGUGGAGCACUUAAAGACCGCAGCCUGGCGCUGCUCGCCGGUGUCAGCGGGGGUCAGGAGGCCGGCAGGGGUCAUAUUUAUGUGACCGGUAACGGGAGGAAUGUAAACAGAGACGCCUCCGGACAGCCGCCCACGCACGGCAGGGACAUCAUGUUGGACCUGGUGGCGGCGGAGAGCUUCCUCCCCGGCCGCCUGAUUGACAGCUGCAUGGUUUCGGGGGUUUGUGGCGACCACGGCGGCCUGAACGGAUUUACUGAGUCACUCGGUCAGGAGGAGCCGCCGGCGGCCGGAGGAGGAGGAGGAGGAGGGCUCAGCCUUCCAGACGCUUCCUGCCCAGCUGGGCGCGGGGGUCGAGUUUCAGCGGAGACGGACCCACAGAUGCGGCAGCACCCUGCGGGGGAGACCGGAGGGGGAACCCAGGAUUCCGGAAAAGAGGCGACGGAAGGCGCCUGCAACAGGACUCCUCUCCCCCUGGAUCGGCUGCCAUGCUCGGGGAAGCACCAGCGGAACUGCGCUUGCACAGAGGAGGCGGCUCUCUGCCCGGAUGGAAACAUGCCCAACGGGGGUGCAGACAGCCCGGGGCACGGCGCUCCGGACGGGGACGCCGCUUACAGCAAACAGACGGGGCUGUUUCCCGGGCAGCUGCCGGGUCCGAGGCUCGGUCUGUGCGACGUGGACGGGGAGGAAGUGAAAGUAGCCAACGGUGGUUUGCACAUCGUGAACUCCGCAACAUGUGACUCUCCAGACUCCGAAAACAACACCGACAUUCAUCCGGGGAGCAGGCGAGACAGGGGGGCCGGGUCUGGGUGCCGUCAGAGCGGGCAGCUGGUCUCUCAGUGCCCGGGGGAGGAUGCGCCAGCUGCAGCCGAGCUCCGUCACCUACCCGACCCCUCCAAGGACCCCCCCACCCCGGGAUCAAGUGCCAAAGCGGCCUCGCCCGGCCCCUCUGAGCCGGACAGCGACAGCCCGCUGUCCGAAGCCAACCCCCGGGAGGACGAGGAGGACUUCCGGGGCCUCGGCUUCCCCGUCAGGCCGCAGAGUCUGAGGACUAACCCCAACCUCGCGGUGUCCCUGAGCUGUGAUGCCACCCCGCUGUCCCCCGACGACGAUGGGGGCUUCUACUUCGGAGACGAGGGCUACGAGGAGGACUUCCGGACGGUUCUGGAGGCGGGUCGCCGCUGA